AUGGCCUCAUCGGUACAUUCAUCAUGUUGUAAAAAUAAUUUAAAAUAUCAAAUUGAAUCGUUUGUCAAAAAUGAAAUGGAUAAAUUUUAUUCUGCAUCUAACAUGGCCAACAGCGAUAAACGAAGAUAUUAUUCAUUAUAUCGUUCAAACAUAGAUAACCCUAUAAUUAUUAAAAAACCAAUUCAACCAUCGUUAACAAAAACUUUUUUAAUGCAUAUCUAUAACAAAGCCCAUUCCUACAUAAAUAAAUGGAAAAAAUCAAAUAUUGUCGAAGUCAACCAACCAGUAGAAAAAAGUCCAACAGUCAAUAAUGGAUUAUUGUCAACUGCUUUAGUGAAAAAUUCUAAAAAUAGUAUGACAACAGAAAGACUACCGACUGCUCAAACUGCUGAUGUACUGUAUCAGUCAGUUAAAAACCCAUGUUCAGAUAAAGAUACAUUUCUCGAAAUAACUGUCCAUCCAGUAAAUAAACGAAAGAAAAUUUCAAAUCAUCGAAAUUGUAUGAAAAAGCCAAAAGACCAAAGUCUAAGUCUUCGUUUUCCAAUCUUUUAUCCCUCUCCGCAAUCAUCGAAACACCGCCACACACAUCACCGUUCGUCAUUAUCAGCAUCGAUAAUUAAAUCAAAAAAAGUAAAACAUAAAAUGAAGCGUAGUAUACGUGAUGUUGCAGUAAAAAAGUUCAGUCCCAUACCCGUCACCUCGGUACGGACGUCUAAUUAUUCAUUUAGAGAUUGGUUGAAUCAGAUAAAAAAAUCUGCUGAUGAUAAAGACGAUAAUAAAUCAACUGUAUCAAUUUCACUAACAACGAAUGAAAAAUUACCAAUGAAUAACGGAGUGAAAUUAGACACAUCAUUAAGAAGUUUUUCAAGUUUCAAAUCGCCAUUAAUUCUAAGAUCCGUACAGUCUAUCAGCACAAAUUGUCGAAGUAGAAAAAGAAUGUACGAGCAUGAAGAAAAUACGCAAAAACAAAAAUGGAAGAAUUGUUCAUGUCGACUAUGUGGAUCAACACUGAAUAAUGGUAGUUGUUCGUGCAUUGUCCAAUGCAUAUUAAAUAUGCAUCAUCAACAACAACAAAAUAUUAAUCACAUUUCAUAG